UUUUACUUCAGUCACACUGCAACCUCUGGCAAGAAUAGAGCUACGGACGCCUCGAACCUCGCCAAAAUCGAGUUUUGCACUCAUUGCUGCCAUUUUUCACCGGUGUUCAACUUUUCAUUCACCAAGAAAGUUCUGGAUUUACUUAAAAGCAUUUCAAAAAGAAGUCAAACUUGGAAAAUCUUUAAAAUUCUUGUUCUAAAUUUUUUCAAGUAACAGAAAUUGUGUUCCCGUGUAAUCCUCCGCAUCUGGUUUCACUAAAAGUGUCAAAUGCUGCAAAAUAAGUGUCUCACUCACGAUUGUGAUCUAAUCUAGAUAGAAGUUGUGCCAAUCGGUUAAAAAUUCUGACGAAAGUACAGCAUCGGCAAAAAUCGGUGUAAAAGGAUUAGUUCAGGAUCAGUUAUAUUUUUUUCGGGACGGAAAUAAAUGCAUGCAUACACAUUUACAUCCUUAUGUAAAUACUUGCCAGUGUGAUUUUCUCUAAGAGUGUGCAGUUUUCGUAAAUAGUUUGAGUGUGAGAGAGAGAAAGAAGUAAAAUGAGGAAAUUUAGUUGGAUCCUUGUCACCCUGGUGGGAAUCUUACUGAUUUCUGGAGUCACGCAAAAAGUGGGUGGAUCCGCCUCUGCAGAAAAGGAUGAGGAAUACGCGGAGGAUGAAGACUACACGGAAGGUGACGACGACGACUCUCCGGACAGCUCGGCACCCAAAGGAAUACCAAAAACGACCUCGGUCAACUCCAACUUGCAAGUCGAUGAGGAAACAAAAGUCGAACUUCCUUGUCAUGGGGAGCAUUUAGAACAAUUCGUCAUCUUCUGGAAACGUGGGGACGAUCUGCUCGCCUCGAACGCACUAACAACCACGGACGACAAACGGUUCAACAUUUCCUGGCCGCCGGGUCGUCAAGGGGGCAAAGGCAAUUCACUCGUAAUUCAUGACGUUUCCGGCAAGGACAACGGCGAAUAUCGGUGCACCCUCCAGCUCGGCAAUAGCAACACGUCCUUCACCGUGACCCAUACGCUCCUCGUGCGCGAAAAACCCCGCGUGUACACCAACCCCACGAAGGUGGUCAAGGAGAACGACUCGGCCACUUUGGUCUGCAACGCGUCCGCCAACCCGGAGCCGAAAGUGUACUGGAAACGAAAGGGAAAGAACUUGCCGACGGGGGAGAGCGUUUUUGAGGGGGCGCGGUACACGAUUCCUUACUUGUCGCGAAAUCACGCUGGGAUGUACGAGUGCUACGCGACCAACGCGAUGGGCACGGCUAUGACGGCGAUGAAUUUGCAUGUUAUGCACGCCCCCGUUGUCCAGAUUGAACGCACCUCUGUCAACUCCGGCCUCGGAAGGAAGGCACAGCUCGUCUGCGUUGUUCUCGCCGAACCCAAGGCGAACGUGACCUGGUACAAGGACGGGGAGCGGAUCACGCCACCCAUUCGUGACCCCGAGUGGCCCGCCCACAUUUGGAAAUUACAACUGGACGCGGUCACAAAGUCGCAUUAUGGAAAUUACGUCUGCGCCGCGUACAAUAGUUACGGCAGAGACGAGAAAAUCAUUCAACUUUCCGGCGCCCCUAGUCAGCCGCUCCUCCGGGGUCACAAGUUGGGUGAUGACCACACUUCUUACAGCCUCAUUUGGGAGCUAGAUUCGGCCAGCAAGGUGGACGGGUUUAAAAUGAGGUGGCGAAAGGUUGAGGAUGGCGCAGAGUGGGUUGAAGUUGACAUUGCGGACGGUGUCGCGUCCGAAUCGGACAAGUACACCGUGACCCAGACGAUACGCGAACUUGGCCCCUCGGCCGACUACGAGGUCACCCUCCUCGCCCAUAACGAGCACGGUUGGUCCGUCCCAGCCGAAGUGCGCAGCUUCCACAUCAACGGGGAAUUUCAGUCAAUCUCGGCUGAGGAAGCGAAUGCCAAAGAUGCCUCUGGCUCGACAUGGACAUCGUCGUCGUCUCACCUGGCCUUGAUGGCUGCCUUAAUUCUACCCAUGGUCAGGUGGCAAUAGUCUUCUACUAGAAUUAAUUACCCCCUUUUUGCCCCCCAACCAAAUAAAUAUUCAUCAUCUUGUAUCCGACUUCUCUCCCCUUUUCUUCAUAGAGAUGUAUAUGUACAUAUUUACGAUACUUUUAACCAAAAUAUAGUCCACAACUUUCCCGAUGGAAUGAGUUACCCAACUGAACAACCUCAUCAACUUAUCAUUAACGAUGAUAAGUUAUCUUCAGUCUGACCCAGCUUCCAAAAACUCUGCCGGUUUAUUCAUUAAUGUAUCAAUUUUUUGAAAUAGUCCUUUAUUAUUUAACAAAGUUUAUUUAAUUUUUGUAGAACCUACACAAAUUUGAGGAGUUUAAUAAACUAGGUGUAAAAGUAUCGAGAGGUUACAAAUGUAUCAUAAAAUUAAUAAUUACUUAGAUUGGUACUUUAAGCUUAGCGUAUGUAAUUAAGACAACAAAUACGUAAUUUAGUGAUUAAGUAAAUAUCUGCAUAUGUUAAUUAUCCAAUGUAAAGUAAAACAAUACAUACAUUUCAAAAGUUUUUUUUAAUUGAUCAUUUCUUAAUUCCAAGAAAAUCAAGGAAUUUCCGGAUCAUUACUAUCUAAUUACUUAAAUAUACAAAUUUAUCAGUGUACAUUAUAGCUACUUAUGCGAAUAUUUAUAAUUUCAGGUAAAAUUUGAAUUUAUAAAAAAUGCUAUCAAUUUGUAGGAAUUUCAGGAUUUGUGGUCAUGUAAAGUAUAGAAAUUUUGUAGAAUAUCUUUUGUGAUUUCAAGAUUCUUUUUAGAAAUUUACGUAACGAAUCCUAACCAAAAUUAUCCAAAAUUUAACAAAAAUGUCAAUUUGACUCAAACGCCUUCCCGACAUGGCCUGCCUCUGCAUAAUUACAUAUUUGGAUAAAUCUACUUAUCAUGAAUCAGCCAUACUAGUAAAAGUCGACCUAUGCCUCCAUCAAAUUAAGUAUGUAAUCAUAAACCAGAUUAAUAAUCUACUCUUCCCUACGUUUCAACGAAGAAAAUUACUUUGAUAAGUUAGUUCGCUAAAUAAAUAAGUAAAUCUUGUUGCCAAGAUCAGCGAUGUAUUUAUGUAGGCCAGGUGAAUUGUAUAUUACCAUUAGUUACAUAAAUUUAUGAAUAACACAAAAUGCAACAAUUUGCUAAUGAUGCUUAACAAAUAAUACUAUAAAUAUGAUUAGUCAACGUCUGAAUAUUUUAGGAUUUAUAUAAGUAUAUUAAAUGACUACAUUAAGUAAGUUAAAUACGAGCAAGUGUAAUUAAUAGAGAGAUAAACAAGAUUAAUUUUUUGUUAAAAAGACGAAGAAAUUUAAUUCUAAAUUAAUAUUUGAAAGUCCAAGUUAACUUGAUGUUUUAAGUGGAGACUUUAUACAGGAGAUCGAUUUUUUGUUGUAUGUAAAGUGAAAAAAGCUUGAAUAAAAGAGACUUAAGUGAUACGUA